AUGGCUCCCAGACAAGAAUUUCCCCCAGUUCGGGCGUGUAUAUUCGACAUGGAUGGAUUAUUAAUCGACUCUGAAGACGCCUAUACCAUCGUGACGAAUACCAUCUUAAGAGAGAAUGGGCGGCCCGAUCUCCCAUGGUCAAUCAAAGCACAGCUGCAAGGUCGACCAGGCCCUGCUGCCGGCAAAAUCUUUCACGAAUGGGCAAAGCUUCCAAUAUCACACGAGGACUUCAUGAAGCGCCAAGUCGAAUUGCAGGCCGAGGCAUUCAAGAACUGCAAACCCUUACCCGGCGUAGAGAACUUGUUGAGAAGGUUGCAAGGCGCAAGGACCAGAUCUGCAGGCAUCCAGAGUCCUUCCCGGCAAGAGAAAAAGGUCAGACUUGCUUUGGCCACGAGCUCUCAUUCGAGAAACUACGAAAUCAAGACCAAGAACAUGCAGGAGCUAUUCAGCGUUUUCCCCGAUCGACAUAAAAUUGUGGGCGACGAUUGCCGAAUACCCAAAGGCAGAGGGAAGCCAUUGCCAGAUAUCUACUUGCUGGCAUUGCAGACCAUUAAUGAGACCAUUUCAGCCGAGGAGGAAGGCGAGCGACCAGUGCUCCCCGAAGAAUGCCUGGUUUUCGAGGAUAGCGUUCCAGGAGUAGAGGCUGGGAGGAGAGCCGGGAUGAGGGCCGUUUGGGUCCCGCAUCCCGGCUUGUUGGAUGUCUAUAAAGACCAAGAACACGAAGUCCUAGCAGGUCGAACUGGAGAACAUAAGGAGGAUGAUCUAGAUCAUGCCGAGGGCAUACCUCUCGCUGGAAGCCCCGGUCAACCAGGUGAACCGGGAGAUGGAUGGGCUGAACGACUCGAGACUUUGGAAGAUUUCGAUUACGCCAAAUAUGGCAUCGACUUCUCUGAUGCUCGAUAUACGUCUGAGAGUGGCCAUCCAGCAGUCGACGGAACUACCGACAAGCAGUUGGAAGAGAUGACAGCCAUGGCCGAUGGGAAAAGACAUGCUGCAGAGGAACCUAGCCCGAGCCUUAGUCCCAAGCCAGGCAUGCUGUAA